ACCGCUGCUGCAGCCUGGAGAGGGAUUCUUUCUGAGAGGCGCGUUCCGCCCCGGCGAGGGCUUCAUUCUUCUGAGGCGCUUCUGGAGGACUGGAGACUGAUGCAUGAGGGGCCCACGGCGGCGCAGGAGCGGUGGUGAUGGUUUGGGAAGCAGAGCUGAAGUGCGCUGGUCUUUGGUGAGACGUGACAGUUUAUCAUGACCGUGUUCAGGCAGGAAAACGUGGAGGAUUACUACGAUACCGGCGAGGAACUUGGCAGCGGACAGUUUGCAGUCGUGAAGAAAUGUCGGGAGAAAAGCACCGGUCUCCAGUACGCCGCCAAAUUUAUCAAGAAAAGGAGGACAAAAUCCAGCCGGCGGGGCGUGAGCCGCGAGGACAUUGAGCGGGAGGUCAGCAUCCUGAAGGAGAUCCAGCACCCCAACGUCAUCACCCUGCAUGAGGUCUACGAGAACAAGACAGACGUCAUUCUGAUUUUAGAACUUGUUGCAGGUGGCGAACUAUUUGACUUCUUAGCUGAAAAGGAAUCUUUGACUGAAGAGGAAGCAACCGAAUUCCUCAAACAAAUCCUCAGUGGUGUGUACUACCUGCACUCCCUUCAGAUUGCACACUUCGAUCUUAAGCCUGAAAACAUAAUGCUUUUGGAUAGAAAUGUCCCCAAACCUCGGAUCAAGAUCAUUGACUUUGGCUUGGCCCACAAAAUUGACUUUGGAAAUGAAUUCAAAAACAUAUUUGGGACACCAGAGUUUGUUGCUCCUGAGAUAGUCAACUAUGAACCCCUUGGUCUCGAAGCGGACAUGUGGAGCGUCGGAGUAAUAACUUACAUUCUCUUAAGUGGGGCCUCCCCAUUUCUUGGAGACACAAAGCAAGAAACAUUAGCAAAUGUAUCUGCCGUCAACUAUGAAUUUGAGGAAGAAUACUUCAGUAAUACCAGUGCCCUAGCCAAAGAUUUCAUAAGAAGACUUCUGGUCAAGGAUCCAAAGAAAAGAAUGACAAUUCAAGACAGUUUGCAGCAUCCCUGGAUCAAGCCUAAAGAUACACAGCAAGCACUUAGUAGAAAAGCAUCAGCAGUAAACAUGGAGAAAUUCAAGAAGUUUGCAGCCCGAAAAAAAUGGAAACAAUCCGUUCGCUUGAUAUCACUGUGCCAAAGAUUAUCCAGGUCGUUCCUGUCCAGAAGCAACAUGAGUGUUGCCAGAAGCGAUGAUACUCUGGAUGAGGAAGACUCCUUUGUGAUGAAAGCCAUUAUCCAUGCCAUCAACGAUGACAAUGUCCCAGGCCUGCAGCACCUUCUGGGCUCUUUGUCCAACUACGAUGUUAACCAGCCCAACAAGCAUGGGACACCUCCGUUUCUUAUUGCUGCUGGCUGCGGGAAUAUUCAGAUACUGCAGUUACUCAUUAAAAGGGGCUCAAGAAUCGACGUCCAGGAUAAGGGCGGAUCCAACGCCAUCUACUGGGCGUCUCGGCAUGGCCACGUGGAUACCUUGAAAUUUCUCAAUGAGAACAAAUGCCCUUUGGAUGUUAAAGACAAGUCUGGAGAGACCGCCCUUCACGUGGCAGCUCGCUACGGCCACGCCGACGUGGUUCAGUUACUGUGCAGUUUCGGCUCCAAUGCCAAUUUCCAGGACAAGGAGGAAGAAACCCCCCUGCACUGUGCCGCCUGGCACGGCUAUUACUCUGUGGCCAGAGCCCUUUGUGAAGCCGGCUGUAACGUGAACAUUAAGAAUCGCGAAGGAGAGACACCCCUCCUUACCGCUUCAGCCAGGGGCUACCACGACAUCGUGGAGUGUCUGGCUGACCACGGCGCUGACCUCGAUGCCUCCGACAAGGAUGGACACAUUGCUCUUCAUCUUGCUGUACGACGGUGUCAGAUGGAGGUCAUCAAGACUCUGCUAGGCCAAGGAUGUUUCGUGGAUUUCCAAGACAGACACGGCAACACCCCCUUGCACGUGGCCUGCAAAGAUGGUAACAUGCCCAUUGUGGUGGCCCUCUGUGAGGCAAACUGCAAUUUGGACAUGUCAAACAAGUAUGGCCGAACCCCUCUACAUCUCGCAGCCAACAACGGGAUUCUGGAUGUGGUCCGGUACCUCUGUCUGACCGGUGCCAACGUGGAAGCCCUCACCUCGCUUGAACCACAUGUGGGGGUGGGGGAGGAAGGUGUUUCAGAAAACAGAAAGCUCACAGGCAGAGGCUGGGUGGCGUGCGUGGAGGGGCAGGCAUGUAUAGUGCCCCGUACAAGGUGUAACUUCCUUCCUUUCUGGCCUGCAGUCUCCGUGAGCACCAACAAUCUGUACCCCGGCUGUGAGAACGUGAGCGUGAGGAGCCGCAGCAUGAUGUUCGAGCCGGGGCUCACCAAAGGGGUGCUGGAGGUGUUUGUGGCCCCACCGCCCCACCCACACUGCUCCGCCGAUGACCAGGCCACCAAGGCCGUCGACGUCCAGAAUGCCUAUUUGAACGCCUUUGGUGGCAAGCUGAAGAACCCACUCCGAGUUGUCCUGGUGGCCACCCACGCCGACAUCAUGAACGUCCCUCGUCCAGCUGGAGGAGAGUUUGGCUAUGACAAAGACACGUCGUUGCUGAAAGAGAUCAGGAACAGGGCCUGCCCUCCGAUGACUCAGCUGUGUGAGAAGAUCAUCUCCACGCUGCCUUCCUGGAGGAAAGUCAGCGGGCCCAACCAGCUGAUGUCACUGCAGCAGUUCAUGUACGACGUGCAGGACCAGCUGAACCCCCUGGCCAGUGAGGAGGACCUCAGGCACAUAGCCCAGCAGCUCCACAGCACUGGCGAGAUUAGCAUCAUGCAGAGUGAAACAGUCCAAGAUGUGCUGCUCCUGGACCCCCGCUGGCUUUGCACUACAGUCCUGGGGAAGCUGCUUUCAGUAGAGACCCCCCGGGCCCUGCACCACUACCGCGGCCGCUACACCGUGGAGGACAUUCAGCGCCUGGUUCCUGAGAGCGAUGUGGAGGAGCUGCUACAGAUCCUCGAUGCCAUGGAUAUCUGCGCCCGGGACCUGAGCAGCGGCACCAUGGUGGAUAUCCCUGCCCUGAUCAAGACAGACAACCUGCAUCGCUCCUGGACGGACGAGGAGGACGAGGUGAUGGUCUACGGUGGCGUGCGCAUUGUGCCCGUGGAGCACCUCACCCCCUUCCCCUGUGGCAUCUUUCACAAGGUCCAGGUCAACAUGUGCCGGUGGAUCCACCAGCAGAGCACCGAGGGCGACGCAGACAUCCGCCUGUGGGUGAAUGGCUGCAAGAUUGCCAACCGCGGGGCUGAGCUGCUAGUGCUUCUGGUCAACCACGGCCAGGGCAUAGAGGUCCAGGUCCGUGGUCUGGAGACCGAAAAGAUCAAGUGCUGCCUUCUGCUGGACUCGGUGUGCAGCACCAUUGAGAACGUCAUGACGACCACGCUGCCGGGGCUGUUGACUGUGAAGCAUUACCUGAGCCCGCAGCAGCUGAGGGAGCACCACGAGCCCGUCAUGAUCUACCAGCCUCGGGACUUCUUCAGGGCACAGACCCUGAAGGAGACCUCACUGACGAACACCAUGGGGGGCUACAAGGAGAGCUUCAGUAGCAUCAUGUGCUUUGGGUGUCACGACGUCUACUCCCAGGCCAGCCUCGGGAUGGACAUCCACGCUUCGGACCUGAACCUUCUGACUCGGCGGAAACUGAGUCGCCUGCUGGACCCACCCGAUCCCAUGGGGAAGGACUGGUGCCUUCUUGCCAUGAACUUGGGCCUCCCUGACCUUGUGGCAAAGUAUAACACCAACAACUGGGCUUCCAAGGAUUUCCUCCCGAGCCCGGUCCACGCCCUCCUCCGGAAGUGGACCACCUACCCUGAGAGCACAGUCGGCAUCCUCAUGUCCAAACUAAGGGAGCUGGGUCGCCGGGAUGCGGCAGACUUUUUGCUGAAAGCAUCUUCUGUGUUCAAAAUAAACCUCGAUGUCAAUGGCCAGGAAGCCUAUGCCUCCAGCUGCAACAGUGGCACAUCCUAUAAUUCCAUUAGUUCAGUGGUGUCCCGGUGAGGGCAGCCUUUGCCUUGGGUCUCUUUGGACUGCACAGCAAAGGGGCUACAGCCCACCUUUCCAGUGGGAGCUUCUGAGUGCAUUCCUUCCUGUGCUCACAGGCUGAAGGACCACCCCCCUUCUCCCUUUUCACCUAUUCUCUGCCACUACCUCCCUCCUGCUCACACAUUCCGUUGUAUGUGAAUGGUCUUUCUAGCUCACGGGCAGACCGACUCCCUUCACUUUGGCCAUUUGAAAAGCUAUUGUACCUCCUCUCAGUGUUUCGGACUCCAGAUCUUGUCCUCCAACACUUUGCUUGAUCAUUUUACUGGAAUUCCUGACUUUUUAAUGAGAUUUUUUUAACUCUAUUGAUUGUCCUUUUAAAGGAAAAAAAAAGCACACAUUGAUCCAAAAUGUGUCUUUCUUAUGCUCCUUUUCUUUGUGACACCAUCUCCUGCACUUCUCUCUUUCAUAUUUGUAGGGAAAACUCCCGUGUCUGGAAUCCCACUGUAUGGUUUAUAAACAGACAUUAUGUGAGUGCCUUCUGCAGAAGAGGGUGUGUUUGAAAUCAUCUGGGGCAGCCGGGCGCUGUCAUAAAGGAAACCUACCUCUCUGUCCCUUGCUGCAUGCAGAUCAUCCCCUGAGGUGCUUCACCCUGAGUUUUUUUCUGGCAGUCUUUAUGUUUCAUUUGGCAAGGAAGGGGGAGAAAGGAAUCCUCCUCCAGGAUGAUGUCACGGCCAGUGUUGUUGCUCUAAGACAUUUCUGCGUUUGCUUCUGUUUAAACGUCAAUGUGACCGUCCCCAUGAAACCUACAAACUGUCAUACUUCAUCAUUCCCUCUCAUCUCAGGUAGAAAGUUGACACAGUUGUAGGGUGACGGAGACCUGUGUAAGAAUCCAGAAGACCCCUGACUCACCAUGUGUGGCAGUCCAUUGUCAUUUGUGCAUAGCAGACGGGUUUCCACAUUUAAAUCCUGGUUUGACAACUUCCUGUACUUGAAGUUUAAAAAAACAGAAAAUAAAGGAAGCAAAUUUUCUUGCAGUGAUUUUAAAUCGUGAUAAGAGUUUUAAAUUGUUAUGAGGGAACAUGUCCUAAUUCUUCUGUCCUGAGAAGCAUGUAAUUUUAAUGUUAUAUGUGUGUGUGUGUAUAUAUAUAUAUGCGUUAUGUAUAUACAUAUAUAUUAAUACUGGUAUUUUUACUUAAUCUAUAAGAUGUAGUAAAGAGUUAAGUUUGUUUUUUUUCCUUUUCUUUUCGUUCUUUUUCUUUCA